AUGAAAAGGUCAGCUCAGACCCCAAAGGCAAGGCCGUCGCCCCCCGCCUUGCACGACGCAGAAACUCGGUAUCAAAUUGGCGGAUUACGGUUGAUGAUCUAUACCAUGAGUGGGUGCGGGGAGAAACAUUCCAAUACUGGUAGGGAACAUACAGCUGUCCAUGGUGAACCCCCCUCUGCUGCGUCAGGGACCACUUUAUUCCCCCUCUCCUUCAUCGCCACGAAGGGGGAUUUCUCCCAGUUGCUACCGUUGUACAGUACAGUACAGUACAGAGUUCUGCGGAUGGACAAUACUCCAAACUUUGGGAGACGGGAAUUGCUACCCGGACUGAUUGACUGGUGGUACAACAGGUGUAUAUGUGUUGGUUUCCCGUCCAAUACCGUGUUACUCCAUAGUACCAGGCUGCAUGCUGCUAUGCAUGCAUAUAUACUUCAAAGUUCUAAGGAUCAAAUAUCAGGUAGGCCCGUUAACUUAUACGGUCUUUCGAAGUCAUUGUGA